GAGAGGCAGGAAGCGGGCGGGGCCGGUGCUAUAAGAGACGGAUCGUCUUCCUGCUUUUGGCAUUUCUCUGCUGUCCUCCGUUUGCCUCUGACUCAGACUCUACCUGCACAGGAUGUCGUGGCAAUCGUACAUCGACACCAUGAAGACGCCCGACCAGAGCGGCUCGGUGCCAGUGGCAGAGGCGGCCAUCUGCGGCAUCACACCUGGACAGGAGAGCGUCUGGGUCAGCACCCCGGGCCUGCAGGGCAUCACGGUCGAUGAGAUCAAGAAGCUGGGCAGCAAGGACCGGUCCAGCUUCGCUCAGAACGGCGUCUACAUCAGCGGAACGCGGUGCCGCCUGAUCCGGGACCAGAUGGACAUGGAGCCAGUCUACGCUCUGGACCUGAAGACCGCGGCCGACGCCGACGGCAACGCGUUUGGAGUCUGCGUGGGCAAGACCAAAACAGCUGUAGUCAUAGCAAAGGGCACUAAAGAAGCCAGCGGCGGCCAGAUUUCCAACAAGGUAUUCAACGUCGUCGAACACCUCAGGAAAUCCGGCAUGUAAACCCAACAUGGCCGCCACCUUCCCUCCCCUGACCUCCGACCCCUCCCAGCUCCUCCUCUUUGACCUUCAGUCAUCUCCGUCUCACGCCUCCRCCGUCGGGGAUCGAAGUGUUUCCUCCAUGCAACGACCAAUCAGUGACUGUGUGUGUGAGGCGGUGGGUCASGUGACCCGCCGGGUCACACCUGUUCUUCAUCAGGGAGCCAGUGUUACAUGUUUCACCUGAACCCAAUAAAGAGUCCUGUUUAUUUUA